AAACCAUCUUCUGUCGCGGGUUCUAAGCAGCCAGCCCAUCACCCCGGUAAAAGUAUCCGUCCUUAAUAGUCUUUUAACCUCUUAUGACCCUGUUCUUAGACAAUAUUUGGUUGAUGGUUUUUCUUUUGGAUUUCGUGUUGGGUUUAUCGGGGAGGGUAGUUUACGCUUAUCACCUAAUUUACGCAGUGCGAAGGAGCAACCCGAGGUUUUGUCUACUAAGCUUUUCAAGGAACUGGCUGCUGGUCGCAUUGUGGGUCCCUUUCUCUCCCCACCAUUUGAUAAUUUUGUUGCUUCGCCUUUGGGAGUCGUUCCAAAGAAAACCCCUGGCGAGUACCGAAUCAUACAUCAUCUGUCCUACCCUGAAGGUGCCUCGGUUAAUGACUAUAUACCGCCCGAAUUUUCGACCGUUCAUUACGCUUCUAUAUGUGAUGCGAUCAAGAUUAUCAAAUCUUUGGGUCAGGGGAGCUACUUAGCUAAAACCGACAUUAAGUCUGCCUUUCGCAUAAUUCCAAUUCACCCGGACGACUAUCAUCUUUUUGGUAUGACUUGGAAUAACUCCUAUUAUUUCGAUCGCUGUUUGCCCAUGGGCUGUUCAUCCUCGUGCGCUAUUUUUGAAACCUUUAGUACGGCUAUCGAAUGGAUUGCGAAAACCCAUCUAAAUGCCUCCGGCGUUUUACAUAUUUUGGAUGACUUCUUGUUUAUUUCAAGUACCAAAUCUGAAAGUAUUUCUGUUCUAAAUAACUUUUUGCGUCUCUGUGAGACACUAGGCGUCCCGAUAGCUCAGGAGAAAACUGAAGGGCCUUCAACAACUCUUCAGUUUGCGGGCAUUACCCUAGACACUGUUAGUAUGGAGGCUCGUUUGCCACGGGACAAGCUUCAGAAAUGCACUGAUCUGUUACUCGAGAUCCAUAAACGUCGUAAGGUCACUCUCAGAGAACUACAGUCACUGAUCGGUUUACUCAAUUUUACUUGUUCUGUUGUUCUACCGGGUAGGGCUUUUCUCCGACGWCUUAUUGACCGUACUAAARGCGUMCGUCGUCCUUAUCAUCGGAUUCGCAUCACUAAGGCCUGCCGCAGUGAUUUAAGGGUUUGGCUUCGUUUUUUACACGACUAUAAUGGCAGAACWUUUUUUAUAGAAGAACAAUGGCUCUCACAAACGCCUCUUAAAUUGUAUACUGACGCCGCAGGCUCAAAAGGCUACGGUGCACUUYUUGGUCGCCAUUGGUUUUACGGAGAGUGGCCUUCGCAUUGGAACUCAUUCAAUAUUGCCUUUCUGGAGCUUUUUCCGAUUGCGGUCUCACUCCACGUGUGGGGUUGUCACAUGCAAAAUCAAUGUGUUUUCUUUUUCACCGACAAUGCGGCUUUAGUCCACAUUAUAAAUAAGCAAACGUCAAAACAUCCUUUAAUCAUGAUUUUAGUGCGUGACCUCGUGUUAACCUCAUUACGUUCCAACAUAUUAUUUCGUGCAGUCCAUGUGCCGGGUGUCGAUAACACCCGAGCGGAUUUAAUUUCUCGUCUGCAGAUCGUAGAAUUCAGGAAAGCCUUCCCGGAGGCAGAUCCAGAACCAACAAUUGUUCCGGAUACCCUUCUCCCGGAGAAGUGGUCGCUACGUUAAAUGGACUCGUUCGUUCGUCAUUGUCCGAACAAUCUCGGAAAGCUUAUUCGCGUGCUUGGGCUGUCUUU